GCACGCGCACUCACGUCGGCGGUGGCGGGAUUCGGCCGCGUGCGCCUUCCCGCUCCGGCCUCGCGUCGGGCCUCGCCCAGCCGCCCUGCGCUCGCUCCCCCGCGGUUCCGCGCGCCCCUCCUCCCCAGUUUCUGCCACUGCCCAGGCCCCGCCCGUUUCUCGCCUCCAGGGCCUGGUUCGUUCCCGCCCAAGCCCUCCCCUGUCUGAGCCCCUGCUGCUUCUGCUGAAAGCUGAGGCUCCAUGUUUUCUCCCCAGCGAGCGGUAGCGGCAGUCUCGGGAGGAGCAGGUGAUGCCAUGGAGAGGGCAAAGCCUGGUCCAGUGCAGGUGGUCUUGGUUCAGAAGGACCAGCAUUCCUUUGAGCUAGACGAGAAAGCCUUGGCCAGCAUCCUCUUGCAGGACCACAUUCGAGACCUCGAUGUGGUGGUGCUGUCAGUGGCCGGGGCCUUCCGGAAGGGCAAGUCCUUCUUCCUGGACUUUAUGCUCCGAUACUUGUAUUUCCAGAAAGAAGGUGGCCAUUCGAACUGGCUAGGCGAUCCAGAAGAACCGUUAACAGGAUUUUCAUGGAGAGGGGGCUCUGACCCGGAGACCACUGGGAUUCAGAUCUGGAAUGAAGUUUUCACGGUGGAGAAGCCGGGCGGCAAGAAGGUUGCAGUUGUCCUGAUGGAUACCCAGGGGGCGUUCGACAGCCAGUCCACCGUGAAGGACUGCGCUACCAUCUUCGCGCUGAGCACCAUGACCAGUUCUGUGCAGAUUUAUAAUUUGUCCCAGAACAUUCAGGAAGAUGAUCUUCAACAGUUACAGCUCUUCACGGAAUAUGGUCGUUUGGCAAUGGAUGAAAGUUUCCAAAAACCCUUUCAGACGCUGAUGUUUUUGGUUCGAGACUGGAGCUUCCCUUAUGAGUACGGCUAUGGACUACAGGGAGGAAUGGCAUUUUUGGAAAAGCGCCUACAGGUGAAGGAGCAGCAGCACGAGGAGAUCCAGAACGUCCGCAACCACAUCCACUCGUGCUUCUCCAGCGUGUCCUGCUUCCUGCUGCCGCACCCAGGGCUCCAGGUGGCCACAAGCCCCGAGUUCGAUGGGAAAUUGAAAGAUAUCGCCAGCGAGUUCAAAGAGCAGUUGCAGGUGCUGAUUCCAUACAUACUAAACCCCUCGAAUUUAAUGGAGAAGGAGAUCAAUGGCUCAAAAGUCACCUGCCGAGGGCUGUUGGAGUAUUUUAAGGCAUACAUUAAAAUUUACCAAGGAGAGGAUCUGCCUCACCCCAAGUCCAUGCUUCAGGCCACUGCCGAAGCCAACAAUUUAGCAGCCGCAGCCUCUGCCAAGGACAUUUAUUACAACAACAUGGAAGAGGUGUGUGGGGGAGAGAAACCGUAUUUGUCUCCAGACAUUCUAGAGGAGAAGCACGGUGAAUUCAGACAACUUGCUCUGGACCACUUUAAGAAGACCAAGAAGAUGGGCGGGAAGGAUUUUAGCCUUCGUUACCAGCAGGAGCUGGAGGAGGAGAUCAAGGAACUGUACGAGAACUUCUGCAAGCACAACGGCAGCAAGAACAUCUUCAGCACCUUCCGGACGCCCGCCGUGCUCUUCACGGGCAUCGUAGCGCUGUACAUCGCGUCGGGCCUCACUGGCUUCGUCGGGCUGGAGGUGGUGGCCCAGCUGUUCAACUGUAUGGUUGGGCUGCUGCUAAUCGCACUUCUCACCUGGGGCUACAUCAGGUACUCCGGUCAGUACCGUGAGCUGGGCGGAGCCAUUGAUUCCGGAGCAGCGUUUGUGUUAGAGCAGGCUGCUUCUCAUAUGGGCAAUUCCACUCAGGCUGCUUUGAGGGAUGCGGUUGCUGGAAGACACCCCACGGAUAAAAAAGCCCAGUAGCGUCUCAGCGGGAGGAUUCGACACGACGCUGACCAGUGCCUGCUGAUUUCUGGGUUUCCGCCGCAGCCACAGGUCCAGGCCCAGAGGGGGCGUGGGUCCGGGACCAGCCGGGACGAGCCAGAACUUGGCGCCAAUAAAUGAACAGACUUCUCCUGUGGUUUCAAAUUCUUAAACACGCUUCUGUUGCUGAUGGAAGCCUUUCUUUUCCUUGCUGGUGGUACAGAUCCAAGCCCGUGCCUGAUUUCUUACUGCUCUCUGCUUUGUGCACUUUAUGGGGGAAAAGCUAAAGGAAAAAAUGGAAAUGCUGUUCCAAGCCCUUUCUGUGCCACGUAGUGCCUUUGCAAAUGGGACCCGUGCUUCUGCGGGCUCGACGGGGAGGGGCCGGGACGGCCUCGGGGACGCCCGGCUGGGGGUGAAACUUGUCCGUUCUUUUGUACCCAAUCUAUUGAGAAGGAUUCCUUUUUGAAAAGUUUACAAAAUUUGCAAAACCUUCCAAACUAAAGACUGAAAAUGAUGUUGUUACACCUUUAAAGUCUUAUAAUAUCAGAGGCUCCUGUCUGCCACAUGGCGUGGGAAAACCAUCCCGUGUGUGAAUCUGCCAUUCAUUGAAGUUUCCCGACAGGCUUUCCGUUUUGUUGGAACAUUUUUUUUUUGCCUUUAUUUCUGUCGCUUCUAGAGCAAACAUGCCUUGAAAAGCCAGAGAAGCUCAUAACAAAAGGCAUGAGCUUGAUGAUUUAAGAAAAAAGCUAGUGUUUAAAUGAACCACGUGACCUCGUGUAAGUCACUGGAACUUGUGCCUUGGGCAGACUCACUGCAGAUCUGUAUUCCUGUGUGCGUUAUGCACACUCGCACACAGCUGUCUUUGGGAGGUUUUUUGAGAGUUCUGCAUAAGAUCGAAACCUGAUUGCAAAUUUGAGGAAAGAUAUUUCCAAACGUCACGUCCCGUUUCACGUGACUUCCCAUUAAAUCAGGUCUUUAUCCAAAAUGUCCAUUUGCAUUCUCCUGUGCACUGAUGUUUUUAAUAAUGGAGCUAAAACCGUCAAUUUUAUCUUUAGUGAGUCUUCCUUUAUUUAACUUUACUUGACCUGUCUGCCAGCUUUAAAGUAGCUUUGGCUUAGUAAGGACCAAAGCCCCAUCCAAAUAAAGACACUAUCUAGAAGUAUCUAAGAAUUCUUUCGUUUACCUUGAUUGUAUGAUAAAAAUUUGUCUGUUAGUUGCCUUUUCCUUUGAUUUAUAAUGGUGAAUUAUUGCUGGUUUUAAAACUCCUAAAAAUUGCCUGCAAGUAUUUAUAUAAACAUUCAGGUGUGUGAGCCUUAAUUCUGAAGAUAAUUUAAUUUUUGUGGGAGGGAGGGAGGAAGACCUAGGCCAAGUCCGAGUGAAUUCUGUAUAUAUGAAGUAUGAAUGGAAGGUGGAAAAAAGAAAGCUUCUUCUAGCAUACAAUCUAUUAAAGAAUUUUUUUGACUACUUUAACACUUUACCAUUCAAGUAUUUUUAUAAGUCCUGAAUUAAUUCCAAGCAUUUUAUAUUUUUUCAUAUUUGCAUACCGCCUUGCCCCGAAGUUCUUGCUAUUUUAGUCACUUGUUGUUAAAUUUUAGAAAAAUUCCUAUUCUAAAAACUGUCUACUUGCACAUCAGUGAUGCUUAGCUUUGACUGUUCAUCGAAAGCUUACUUUUGAAAAUUUAGUGGAUUUUCAGGUGGCCUCUCAUAUUCCCAAACGUUCACGUUUAGUAGCCAAAGGCUUACGGAUGUGAAUUGAAAACAAACCCACCAAGUCUCUAGGGUGCAGAUGGAAAACGUCAGUGUGAUGGGUGGUGUUCCGCUAGAGCCGGAGUGCCGGCACUGGGUUUAAUAAACCUGUGUUUCCAUGUUUUACUUUUUGCUUAAAAAAACCUUACAGAUGCUGAGAUACUUCACUUGUAAUGCAUUUUAUAAGAAUAUUUAUAGAUUUCAGAAUAAUUGUCUAUAGAUUGCUCCUACUUUUAAUGGUGAGAAAAGGAUGAUGUGUCUAAAACUUAUUUUAAUACUAAAAUAUUAGAUUUUUUAAAGUAAAAAAUAAUGUAUGGUUCAGUGAUAUCUUAGGAUUUAUUUACUCUUUAAAUUCACCAUUCCUGUUUGAUCUUAAAGGAGUAAUUUGAUUUAAUUAUGCCAGGAAGCCUUAAUUUUUUUGGUCUUAAUUAACGUUCUUCUGUCUCUGAAAAGUGUUUAUAAGGUUUUCUCAGUGAGGAUUCUUCUGAGUUUUUUUGUGGUUUUUUUUUUUUUUUUUGCCUCUUUUCUAACAGUGAACCCAUAAUCUUACAUUGUCUUUUUCAGUGUGAGAUGCAUUCUCAUUGUUGGCCUAAAAUAGUCCUGGGGAGGUUUAUAACCUGGUUGAAAAGAAUGUCUUUCCCCUCUUACCUUCCCUCAGCCUUUAAUUUGUGGGUCAGGGACGUCACUUGGGGGUUCGGACUCCGCUUCUGUGUCGCGCUCCGGCUGGGCUGCCGGCUGGCCUCUCUGCACAGCGUUUCUCAGUCGCACGUUCCUAACAGCGUGUGCACGCACUCCUGUUAGCAUGCGAGAGGAGGCUUUCAACAUUUCCUAAUAAAAACUCAUUUCAGGAGAGGUUAAAUUUUUUUUAAUACUUACAAUUUGCUUAGAGUAAAAAUAAUAGAAUGAACAUGUUGAUUCUUUCACUGAGAGAUCUUUCCAGAUCAGUGUGUAGACAAAGGAGGGCGGACUGCCCCCCCGUGGUCACGCGUGGCGGUGCACCCGCAGACGCAGCCCUGGUUUCCGUGGCACUCGGGGAAAUUGUCGGCUCCGGGCACGUUUCUGUCCUGACAUGUGCUGCACGUUUGGUGACACUGCCUGUGAAUAUGGUUUUUGCCUUACCUGUUACCACUCCUUUUUUCUUUUACACAAAGUGAAAUGCUUUGGGCAGACAGCUGAGCUGCCUGGCGCUGGCAGCGCGUUUCUUUGGCGGUCACGCCCAGUGGCGGUCGGCCGGCAGCGGUGGUGCCGCGUGCGAGGGGUUUAGGUGUGUGCACAGGUAUGUAAGAAUUGUGGCGAAAUUGAGUGACAGAUUUAAGUUCAGGCAGAAGCGAUAAAAAGGUUUUAUAUAUUUCUUAGGGGGCUUUUUUUUUUUUUUUUUCAAAUAACUUACAUGGGCCCUGGCUGGUAUGUCUCAGUGGAUUGAGCGCUGGCCUGCGAACCAAAGGGUCA